AUGAGCAGCGUCCGGAGCCACAGCGGAGCCUCCAGCAGCAGCAGCAGCAGCAGCAGCGCCAUGAGUCCGCUCAGCGCGGCCAGCAUGUGCACCCUGGCAGCCCUGCUCCUCCUCACCGCGCCACUCUGUCACAGUGCUCCAGCAGAUCUUCAGCAGGCCACAACAGACCAGAGGCAGCUACUCAGCCAGAUAGACGCUGUGUGCUCAUCCUACCUCUCCGCAGACCUGAAGUUAUGGGCGUCUGAUGUCUUAGGAGAACUCUGUGUGUUGAUGUUGGUUCAAAAGUCAAAGGAGCUGAAAGUGCAAGAAAAUAGUAAAAGGUUUUUAUUUCAUUACUCUAGACCACAAGUUACUGAGUUGUCUCAGGGGGCGACUCCUCGGUUGCACCCUCUUCUGCAUCUAGUUUCUCAACUCCAUACCAGAAGAGGGAGAGGACUCACAAUGCACGCUGAACUCCAGGGACCUGGGGGAAUCCAGAGCAGAGGCCACUUUCUCUAUCGGCCACGAAAUGGAAGAAGAUCCUUAGAAUAUGAAUAA